CUGCCGCGGCCGCGCGCGCUCCGCUCCGAUGGGGCACAGCGCGAGGAAGAAGAAGAAGCGGGGCGGAGCCGGGCGCAAGGCGGGCAAGGACCACGCCGCGCAGCUCGAGGGCGACCAGACCGCGCUCACCGACGAGCUCACUGCGCUGGCUGCGAUUUUCCUGGAGGACUUCAAAGUAACAUCAGAAUCCCCUCACACCCGAUUUAGCAUAUGUAUCAGGCCUUACUCUGACGGCAUGGGCUUUGGGGAUUUAAAUGUUUCGGCUAUUCUGGAUGUAACUUGCUUUGCUGGUUACCCUCACAAGUGCCCAAAGUUGCGAAUCAUACCUGAGAAAAACUUGUCUAAAGAGGAUGCUGAUCGUCUACUUUCCCUUCUUGUUGAUCAGGCAAACAUUUAUUCCCGAGAAGGGCGUGUUAUGAUUUUCGAUUUGGUAGAGGCUGCCCAAGAAUUCCUGUCAGAAAUUGCUCCAGCUAUCGAUUCAACAAGCAGUGCUCCUCACUUGGCCUCAGACACAAUACAUCAAACAACUGAUGCAAAUGCUAAAGUUAGCCUUGAGAAUGGUCCUUACCCUGGAAUCUCUUACAUUUAUAACUCAUUCGAUCUGUUUAGUCAAUUGUAUGAUGAUAAUAGUUGGCAAAGGCAAGGUUUCGAUCCGACAACUGAUAGUGCCAGGAAAACUAUUGGAUCUCCAGUCCAGUCAAAUGUCAGAAGCAAGAGGAAAACAGUCGAUGAGAAAUCCCGUUUUUCAGCUGAUAAGAUUAAUGCUGCAAAAAGUUCAUCUCGGGAUAAUGCUGAACAGCAUGCCAUAAAGCAUGGUAGUAAACGAGAGGUAGUUCCAAGUUUACAUGUUGUUGCAGAGGAGACCGAUAAUGACAGCAAAACUUUGUCCACAAGCAAUGGAGGAGGUAUGUCAGAUAAUCCAGAUAGGAGUUCCAGCAGUGUACAUGAACCUGAGGACUCUGACCUUGACGAUGAAGCUUGGAAUGAUGAAGGUUCAGACUCUGGCUCUUCAAAUGCACUAUCUUAUGUUUCAGACAUGCUUGAUGAUGCUGCACGAAAUAAGAAAAGGGAUUUAAUUCUGGUACACUUGCUUCGGCUAGCCUGUGCGUCAAAAGAUUCUCUGUCAGCUGCUUUGCCAGAAAUAUCAUCAGAGUUAUGCAACAUAGGGGUUCUUUCUGAAUGGGCUAAGAAAUUAAUCUCUGAAUCUCCUGCUGUUUUUGGGGAAACUUUUGAUCAUGUUUUUGGGCAACAAAUGAUCUCUUCAGAAUGUUCUGUAUUUUGGAGGGCUGACAGUUCAUCAUCUAGGCCAAAUUCCCGUUAUUUGAAUGAUUUUGAAGAGCUCCGUUCACUUGGUCAGGGGGGCUUCGGUCGUGUUGCAUUGUGCAAAAACAAGCUUGAUGGGCGCCAAUAUGCUGUAAAAAAGAUACGCCUCAAGGAUAGAAGUCCCCAAGUGAAUGAAAAAAUACUAAGAGAGGUUGCCACACUUUCACGGCUGCAACAUCAGCAUGUUGUUCGCUACUACCAGGCAUGGGUUGAAACUGAAUAUGGUCAUCAUCAUGUUCUGAAUACUGGUGCGUCACGCACUGCUGAUAGCUCUUUGUAUAGCUUUGACGACAUCAGCUUAUCAGAUGCCGGCGCUGGAAAUAAGCAGGAAUCCACAUACUUGUACAUCCAAAUGGAGUAUUGUCCUAGGACCCUGCGUCAGGACUUCGAGACAUAUAGUUCAUCUUUUAAUGUUGACCAUGCAUGGCAUCUAUUUCGGCAAAUUGUGGAAGGCCUAGCACAUGUUCAUAGUCAAGGAAUCAUACACAGGGACUUGACACCUAGCAACAUAUUUUUUGAUGUGCGCAAUGAUAUCAAAAUUGGGGAUUUCGGCCUUGCCAAAUUUCUAAAGCUGGAGCAGCUGGAUCAUGACCUAUACCUUCCUACUGAAGCAACGGGCGUUUCAAUGGAUGGAACAGGUCAAGUUGGUACAUAUUUUUAUACUGCACCUGAGGUAGAGCAGAAGUGGCCACAGAUAAACGAAAAGGUUGACAUGUACAGUGCGGGAGUUAUAUUCUUUGAGCUUUGGCAUCCAUUUUCGACAGCAAUGGAAAGACAUCUUGUUCUCACUGAUCUUAAACUGAAGGGAGAUCCUCCAGUAUCAUGGACAACUCAAUUUCCUGGCCAGUCAGUUCUAUUAAGACGCUUAGUGUGUCCAAGUCCCUCUGAACGUCCAUCUGCUGUUGACCUUCUGCAAAACGAACUACCUCCUCGGAUGGAAGACGAGUGGUUAAAUGAUGUACUUAGGAUGAUACAGACACCAGAAGACACUUACGUUUAUGAUCGAGUUAUAUCUACUAUAUUUAAUGAGGAUCGUCUGGACGCCAAGAUGCAAUCUCAGCAUGAAAGCAGUAAAAAAUCAAUUUGUAAAAAUGAUAACAGUGAACUCCUGGAUUCCAUCAUUGAGGUCAGCAAAGAGGUUUUUAAGCGACAUUGUGCUAAAAGGUUCCAAAUAUCACCACUACAUUCAUUGGAUGGGAAAUUUACUGAAAAUAGUGGAAAGACAGUGAAGAUCUUAACCCAAGGAGGAGAGAUGCUAGAACUUUGCUAUGAACAGCGGACACCAUUUGUUAUGUCCAUUGCUGCUAACCAGAUAUCAUCAUGUAAACGCUAUGAAGUAUCAUGGGUUCAUAGAAGAGCAGUUGGCCAUUCAACCCCUUUUCGCUUUCUUCAGGGUGAUUUUGACAUUAUUGGAGGUUCUUCACCGAUAACCGAGGCCGAAGUUAUUAAGGUGGCUUUGGACCUUGUAAGACGUUUUUAUGAUUCGAAGGCAAUAGUUAUUCGUCUGAAUCACAGCAAACUCGCUGAAGCAGUUUGUUCCUGGGCAGGAGUUCCUCAGGAACGAAGACAGAAUGUUGCUGAGUUUCUAUCUUCUACGCUAGUUCAGUUUUGUCCAAAUAAGGCAGAUCGUAAGUCACAAUGGAGUUUCAUUCGAGGGCAACUGUUACAGGAUCUUCGUCUUUCUGAAGAAGUUGUUGAGAAGCUACAUAAAGCAGAUCAGCGGUUUUGUGGAUCUGCAGAUCUAGUACUUGCUAGAUUAAGAGGGACCCUGUUCUAUGAUAAAUCUGCGUGCAAGGCUCUUGAUGAUCUCUCCACUUUCCUCAAAUGUUUGAGGGUAUGGUCAGUUGAAGAACAUAUUACCAUUGAUGUACUCAUGCCUCCUUCAGACUAUUACUACACAGAUCUGUUUUUUCAGAUCUACUCAAAGGAAGGUAAUCCUGUGGCAAGUUCCCAUGAAAAGUUGAUGGCUGUUGGAGGACGAUAUGAUAUGUUGAUGGAACAAGCUUGGGAUAAAACAUAUAAAACCAAACCCCCCGGUGCUGUUGGUGUGAGCAUUGCACUUGAGAAAUUCCUUCCUAAUAAUCCUGCAUCUGACGUUGGAUUGCCAAGGAUUGAACAUAGCAUCAGUGUACUUGUCUGUUCAAAGGGCGGCGGUGGACUCCUAAACGAACGUAUGGAACUUGUUGAAGAACUGUGGGAAGCUAACAUAAAGGCCCAAUUUGUACCUCAGGAAGACCCAAGUCUUCAAGAACAAUAUGAGUACGCCAGUGAUCAUGACAUCAAAUGCCUUGUAUUUAUCACUGAAGGACUUUCGCAAACAGAUCUUGUGAAGGUUCGACAUCUUGAUGCAAAAAGGGAGAAAGAAGUUAAAAGAGAAGACAUUGUAAAGUUCCUAUCUGAUGCAAUAUCUUUGCAAUUCAAAAAUCCUACAAUCUGGAGCUGAUCGGCAGCUGGUCCGUAGUGACAGUUUUUCAGGUGUAAAAAUUGUUGCCUGUUCAAGCUUAUGAUGGACACCAAAUUGAUUCACGAUUGCUACAGUGAGUACAUGCAGCGAGGUAACUGAUGGCAAUCUUGGUUGGCCUUCCAUGGAUCAAGAUUAUGCAGGGUGGCAUCAAUCUAAGACAGUGGUUGAUUGCUGGUUUGGUGUAAGCCUUUUUUGAAGAUAUGCAUGGUGGCUUUGAUGCAAAUUGAUGGAUAGCUGCUGAAACGCAAUCGUAGCUGCACUUUGUGGACCUGUGAUUAGGUAGAUGUGGAGAGCAGAUGCUGCAAUGUGAUCAUUAAGGUGGAAGAGUGUUCACUGUUUUUGCUGACAGCUGAACGGCUGUGCAACCCGGUUCACCCAGUUUUUGCCCAUUCCAUUUUCCUCUUCUAAUUCUUCUACAGGUCAGUCUUGUGCAUAGUUCAGAUAGUUUACGAUCAUAGUUCAGAUAUUUUUGCAACUAGGUGAGCUUGGAGAAAACAAGUCAGUGUAGUCUUGAUACCUACUUAUCAAUAUAUCAUCGUCGAGGUUGAAUGCA